UGCUCGGUAAGAGACUGACAUAAUAAACACCUUGCGAGAGUUCCUAAAGACGGUCAAAAGAUCCUCUGCAGAUCGAGGAGAAAACAAUUAUGCAGCAAUAUCCUAUUCCUAGUCCUUUCAAAUAUAGCCAUCAUAUUCAAUGGAAUUUAAUCCCAGGUAAGUGAGUAUAGUAUUUUAGUCUUAGUAUUAAGCCAAAAAAAGAGCCCAGUUAGCAAUGUGUUUGGUUUACUAAUAUCAUACAAUUAUGUGUUUAGCCUUUUUUAUUGUAAAGGAAUAAUAAUAAUAAUAAUAAUAAUAAUAAUAAUAAUAAUAAUAAUAAUAAUACACUUUAUAUUCCGCUCUAUCUCCCCGAGAGGACUCAGAGUGCAACAUACUCAGAUAGGCAAACAUUCAAUGCCUUUUAAUACAGUGGAAUAACAAUGACAUACAAAUACACAGACCAAAGGUAAAGACUUCCCCUUUCAUCUCCAGCUUUCUGAAGACGGUGCUCAACUCUGGCCAUGGGGAGGUGUUCUUGUUCCAUUUCCGAGCCGAGGAGCCUGUUGUCCUUAGACACCUCCUGGUCGUGUUGCCAGCAUGGCUGCACGGGCAAGUUCAGCAGCUCAGCGCUUUAACACACUUCGCCACCGGGGCUCCUAUCUAAUCUAUACAUCAUUUUAAUAUGACAGGAGUACAUAACAAUACCUAAAAUCCUCCAGAUGCAGAUGAUGAUGAUGAUGAUGAUGAUGAUAAUAACAACUUUAUUUUUAUACCCCACCUCCAUCUCUCCGAAGGGACUCGGGGCGGCUUACAUGGGACCAAGUUAAGCAGCUCAGCGCUUUAACACACUUCGCCAUCGGGGCUCCUAUCUAUAUAUAUAAAAGAGUGAUGGCAUCAGGGCAGCGGAAAAAACAAAACUACAGGCCCCCCAACCUCGAAAUGUGACAACACAACCCAUCAUCCGCGGCUCUAGGUUGUUACAACAAAAAGAAAAGAAAAAUAAAGUUCUAAUUAGAGGGAGAGGAAUAAUAGUUUUUAUCCAAUUGCUGCCACUUAGAAGGCUAAGCUCUGUCCACUUGGUCUCCUAGCAACCCAUUCAGCCCAGGGGACAGGCACAGUUAGGCCUCACUUAGGCCUCUUCCACAGAUUAUCAGAUUUUAACUGGAUUAUAUGGCAAUGUAGACUCAAGGCCCUUCCACACAGCUAUAUAACCCAUUUAUAAUCUUAUAUUAUCUGCUUUGAACUGGAUUAUCUUGACUUCAAACUGCCAUAUAAUCCACUUCAGUGUGCAUACUGAACAUAAAGACAACCAUACAACAGACAUUCAAUACCACCACUACCUCAACAAUUUCUCACCAACACCACCAGACAACGCCACAGUAACGCGUGGCCGGGCACAGCUAGUCUAAUCUAUACAUCAUUUUAAUAUGACAGGAGCACAUAACGAUACCUAAAAUCUUGCAGAUGAUGAUGAUGAUAAUAAUAACAACAAUUUUAUUUUUAUACCUCGCCUCCAUCUCUCCAAAGGGACUCGGGGUGGCUUACAUGGGCCCAAGUUCAGCAGCUCAGCGCUUUAACACACUUCACCGCCGGGGCUCCCGAGAGUCCAAAAGUGGCAGGUUAGAACUCGGAACCCCAAUCAGUGACCGAGAACAGAUGAGAAACUCCCUCCUGGACACACAGAAGACUGAGCAACUUGGAAGGCUGGCACUAAACAGACUGCGCUGUGGCACCACGAGAUGCAGAGCCAACCUUGAGACUACAAAGUGGAGUGUGGAGGAGAGCAAACCACAGACCACGACUACAAUGCAACCUGAGCUUUGCCACGUGCAAAAUGGAGAACCUCCUCACAGCGACACCGGAGGUCAUAGGAAAUUUAAUAUCAUGCCAAGUUUUAACUUUGCUUCUGGUUUUUCUAUUAGGCAUGUCCGAUCGAUGAAAAAAAUGUUUCAAUUCUCGUUUCCAAAGUAGGGGGCGCUGGCACUUCGAUAUAGAAAGUAUUUCCGAUUUUUUCACCCCAAAAUUUCGGAUAUUUCCGAAAAUUCGUAAUGAUUCUAAAUGUUUCUAAAAUGGCGGAUGCGCAUGCGCAAUCGCCAAAAAAAAAAAAAGGAACCGGGGGGGGGGGGGACUUUUACAGGGCUCUCCCGCCCUCAUUUCUUGAGCUAUCCUCAUCAACCCUAGCCCCCACCUUUGCGUCCAUCGUGGAAGCUUCUGAUUGGCCGGGGAGCGGCAGCCAUGUUAGACUGCGCUAAGCUCCCAUUCUAGGUAGGUUGCAGAAACAAAAAAAUUUCAAAAAAUAUUUUAAAAAUAUAUUUUAAAAAAUUUUGGGGGGAAAAAAUUAACGAAACAUUAAGAGACAAUUAGAGAAUGGGCCAACAAUGGUUCGAAUUACAUUGCUGGUUGCACUGUGAGACAAUGUCUCGGAAUGCGUAUCAAAAAGCGAGAACAAUCCGAAAUAAUUCCGAUACACGAUUCAAAACGAUUUUUUGGACAUGUCUAUUUUCUAUAUUUCUCAAUUAGCUUCUGACACAAUAACUACAAUCUUGAAAUGUGGCUCCAGCCCGUCAUGAAGAAUCGGCGACACUGGCCCGAGGAAAGGCCACCCAACCUCGCACGCUGUAGCCGACGCAAACUGAGCCAUCGGAGGAGAGCCCGGGUUCUAGAACCCGGUCAUGUCAGGGUCCUCAUUAUGGGAGGGUUCUGGAACCCCCUCUACCAAUGACACUCUUUUUCCCAGAGGAGGGUGAAGUGGACGGCCUGGCAGCGCUGCGCUGCCUCCCACCCCACACGCGCGCACGGCCCUUGGGAACGAAAUGGACGACGCCUCGGCUUCGGCGGGGUACUCCCACCGCCACAUGGAGAGGAAGAUGAGCGCCAUGGCUUGUACCGUCUUCAACGAGCUGCGCCUGGAAGGGAAGCUCUGCGACGUGAUCAUCAAGGUCAACGGGUGCGAGUUCAAUGCCCACAAGAACAUCCUCUGUAGCUGCAGCUCCUAUUUCAGAGCUCUGUUCACCAGUAGUUGGAACAAUUCAGAGAAGAGAGUGUAUAAUAUCCCCGGCAUUACCCCAGACAUGAUGAAGCUCAUUAUCGAAUACGCCUACACAAGGACAGUCCCCAUCACUGUGGACAAUGUGGAGAGGCUUCUGGUGGCGGCCGACCAGUUUAACGUGAUGGGCAUCGUCAGGGCCUGCUCCGACUUCAUGAAGUGCCAGCUGUGUCUGGAGAACUGCAUUGGCAUCUGCAAAUUCACAGAGUACUAUUACUGCCCGGAGCUGCGGCAAGCGGCCUACAUGUUCAUCCUCCACAACUUCGAGGAGAUGGUGAAAGCGUCGACCGAAUUCCUGGAGCUCUCGGUCAAUGAGUUUAAAGACAUCAUUGAGAAGGACGAACUCAACGUGAAGCAGGAAGACGCUGUCUUUGAGGCCAUCCUCAAAUGGAUUGGCCACGAUCCUCCCAACAGAAAGCAGCACAUGGCCGUCCUGCUCCCAAAGGUCCGCCUGGCCUUGAUGCAUGCCGAAUAUUUUAUGAACAAUGUCAAAAUGCACGACUACGUGAAAGACAGCGAGGAGUGCAAGCCCAUUGUUAUCGAUGCCCUGAAGGCCAUGUAUGACCUGAACAUGAAUGGUCCGUCCAGCUCCGACUUCACCAACCCGCUGACCCGGCCCCGCCUACCCUACGCCAUCUUGUUUGCCAUCGGCGGCUGGAGCGGCGGGAGCCCAACCAACGCGAUUGAGACGUAUGAUGCCCGUGCAGACCGCUGGGUGAACGUCACCUGCCAGCAAGAGAGCCCCCGGGCCUACCAUGGUGCCGCCUACCUGAAGGGCUACGUUUACAUCAUCGGGGGCUUUGACAGCGUGGACUACUUCAACAGCGUCAAGCGAUUUGAGCCCGUCAAGAAGACGUGGCACCAGGUUGCGCCGAUGCACUCGAGGCGCUGCUACGUAAGCGUCACCGUCCUGGAAAACUUCAUCUACGCCAUGGGUGGCUUUGAUGGCUAUGUGCGCCUCAACACGGCAGAGAGGUACGAGCCCGAGACCAACCAGUGGACCCUGAUAGCCCCUAUGCAUGAGCAGAGGAGUGACGCAAGCGCUACCACGCUGUACGGGAAGGUCUAUAUCUGUGGCGGAUUCAAUGGGAACGAGUGCCUGUUUACGGCGGAAGUGUACGACGCCAAGGUUGAUCAGUGGAGCUUGAUCGCACCCAUGAGGAGCAGGCGGAGCGGCAUUGGCGUGAUCGCAUACGGAGAACACGUCUAUGCAGUGGGCGGAUUCGACGGGGCCAACCGCCUCCGGAGCGCGGAAGCCUACAACCCGGUCGCCAACACCUGGCGGACGAUCCCCACCAUGUUCAACCCUCGGAGCAACUUUGGCAUCGAAGUGGUGGACGACCUCCUCUUCGUGGUGGGUGGUUUCAACGGCUUCACGACCACGUUCAACGUUGAGUGCUACGACGAGAAGACGGACGAGUGGUACGACGCCCAUGACAUGAGCAUCUACCGCAGCGCCCUGAGCUGUUGCGUGGUGCCGGGGCUCCCCAACGUGGGGGAGUACGCGGCCAGGCGGGACAAUUUUGUGGGGUCGACCCCGAGAGAUGAGGUCAAGUACUCCUCAUCCACCAGCACGCUCCCUGUGUGAAACGCUCUCUCUCCUUGACUAAUAAAGCCCUCUAAGCAAGAACUCUAUGCACAGCUGGGUUCAUCUUGUCUUUCCCUCCAAAAAAAAGUAUCAUAGAUGAACUAAGAGUGUCUUAACAACCUAAUUUGUUUAUUCUGUAGACAGCCAAGGAGCUGGAAAGAUGCAGAGGAUAGUGGCAGGCCAAUGAUAGGGCUUUGCCAUGUCUGCACUUGUUGCUUUAACACAAAAGCAGUCGGGGAGGAUUCUUGAGGGAUUCAGAAAUAAAGAACUUCAGAAUGCCAUGGCUACUUACUGUGCAAGAGGGGAAGUGUUUGUAAAUCGUUCUUGUUUUGCUCCUCUUAAGAUUUCAGCUUACUUUUCCAGUCUGCCUGAUGAAGAGCCCUUUGCAAGUAGACAGUUCGCAUAUUCCUGCACCGACAGAAGUCAAUCCAAUAAAACCCAUUCGCACAGAC